AUGGAAGCCUUUGCUGGAAUGGUAGCAAAUGGAUUUAUUGUCCUCAUCAACUGCAUUGACUGGUUCAGAAGCAGGAAGCUAUCCCCGACUGACCUGAUCCUGAUUUGUCUUGGCUUGUCCAGACUCACGUGGCACGCAUUAGCUAUGCUGCAUGGAGUCAUGAUUUUCAUUUUUCGGUGUAUCUAUACAUUGAACCAUAAGGAUUUAAAGCUUCCUGUGUUGUGGUUCAUUACAGACAACAUCAACCUUUGGUUUGCCACCUGGCUUAGUGCUUUGUACCUUCUCAAGAUUGCCACCUUCUCCCAUCCUGUUUUCCUCCAAGUGAAGCUGCGAUUCUCUGGGUUGGUCCCAUGGCUGCUUCUCAGCUCUGUGGUCUUCUCUGUUUUUAUGACUAUUGUUAUUAUGGAAUCAAACAGUGGAUUAGCUCUUUCUGUGUUAUGUGACAAUGUGAGUGCUCUGUAUCCCUCUGUACAUGGUGUUAUCUUGAUAUUAAUCAAUCCCAAACUGAGGCAGGCAUGGGUGAGGAUGAUACAACAUUUAAAACGGGGGACUAUACCUCCUCCCCCAGCUGGGGAAGGAACCCUCGAGAAGCUCCUGCCUCCUUUGACCCCAGAGGAAGCACACUUAACUCAAGAUGCUAGAGGAUGUGGCCUCUUGGGCGUGAGCUCCCCGUUUUACAAUGGGCACUCGGACCUGGAGAGACCCGGAGGCGGCAGGCAGGCUCUGGGAUCUUUGGGCUUGAACAAGCCACUCCUGGAGUUCUCCCCCUUGCUGCUGAGGUGGACCCACACAUUUGGAAUACUCCCCUACUAA